CCGCUGCCAGUCGAUCUUCCGCUGCCAAUGGCGAGGCGGCUGCGCGCUGACGCGUUGCGUGCCGUGCGCGCUGACGUUGCGCGGUGGGCUACGGUACGGGCGCCUCGGUGUGAGGCUGGCGGGGCCGAGGCCGGGGCCGGACGGGCCGCAGAGACGGGAUCUCCAAGGCAGUCUGCUUAGAGGAGAGCCCUGCAAAAGGAUCUAGACGGAGAAAGAUCUUUUGGGACAGUCCCCCCAUGUGAUCCCAGCUUCACUGGCAGCAGGAUUUGCAUUCCAGGUCGUGCCCUCCUCCACCCCCGGGCCAAACCGUAGGACUUAAAGCUGAAACCAUGUGAGGGGGUUUCCCUUGCUCCCCCCUCUCCCCUGACCCCUUUCCCUCCCCUCCCCCAGCCUUGGGCGUGUCGCUGCCGAGCCACGUUGACGCGCCUGCCACCAUGAUGUUCCGGGAUCAGGUGGGAAUCCUGGCCGGCUGGUUCAAAGGCUGGAAUGAAUGUGAGCAGACGGUGGCUCUGCUCUCCCUCCUCAAGCGCGUCACUCGCACCCAAGCCCGCUUCCUGCAGCUGUGCCUGGAGCACUCGCUGGCCGACUGCACCGAGAUCCACAUCGUGGAGUCGGAGGCCAACAGCGCAGCUGUCAUCAGCCAAUGGCACCAGGAAUCGAAGGACAAGGUGGUCUCCCUGCUCCUGUCUCACCUGCCCCUGCUGCAGCCUGGCAACACAGAAGCCAAGUCCGAAUACAUGAAGCUAUUGCAGAAGGUCCUGGCCUACUCCAUCGAGAGCAACCUGUUCAUCGAGGAAAGCCGGCAGCUGCUGUCCUACGCCCUCAUCCACCCGGCCACCACGCUGGACGAUCGCAACUCCCUGGCCCUGUGGCUCAACCACCUCGAGGAACGCCUGUCUAGCGGCUACUCCGGCCAGGGCAGGGGCCGGCCCGACACUGCCUACCACUCGCGCCAGGGCUCGGACGAGUGGCAGGGCCCAGGGGACUCGGGCAUGGGGGAGCUGGGACACGGCUGGCAGGAGAAGCUGCCCCGCGAAAACGGACACUUGCCUUUCCACUCCUCUAGCUCGGUGCCCUCGGCCAUCAACAGCAUCGGAAGCAAUGCAAAUGCAGCUCUGCCCUGCCAAAUCCACCCCAGCCCGCUCAAGCGCUCCAUGUCCCUCAUCCCCACCAGCCCGCAGGCCCCCGGCGAGUGGAUGAGCCCCGACGAGCUUUGCGCCCGGCAGGCGUUCAUCCCGGGGGACCACGCGCCCCUGUCCCCCCAGAGCAGCGUGGCCUCCUCGGGCAGCGAACAGACGGAGGAGCAGAUGGGCAGCCGUAACACCUUCCAGGAGGAUGGCAGUGGCAUGAAAGACGUCCCCUCGUGGCUGAAGAGCCUUCGUCUGCACAAGUACGCAGCCCUCUUCUCCCAGAUGACGUAUGAAGAGAUGAUGACCCUCACGGAGCAGCAUCUGGAGUCCCAGAACGUGACCAAAGGAGCCAGACACAAAAUUGCCUUGAGCAUCCAGAAGCUACGGGAGAGGCAGAGUGUUCUCAAGUCUCUGGAGAAGGACAUCCUAGAAGGAGGGAACCUGUGGAACGCGCUCCAGGAGCUCCAGCAGAUAAUCAUCACGCCCAUCAAAGCAUACAGCUCCCUCCAGGCCAUGGCCGCGCCCAAGGAGGGGCAGCAGGCGGUGCCCGAGCGCCACGGAGCCCCCAGGCCGGGCCUGGACAAAGCCACCAACGGGGCAGAGGACAAGGAGCCUGCAGUGGACGGCUUCUCGUCCCAGACGGCCUCCCCCUGUGACGGGGAGUCGGCCACGGCACCCAUCGCGGAAGGGGACAUCCCGGGGCAGUUCACCCGGGUGAUGGGGAAAGUGUGCACGCAGCUGCUCGUCUCCCGGCCCGACGAGGAGAACAUCACCAGUUACCUCCAGCUCAUCGAGAAGUGCCUGACUCACGAGGCAUUCACGGAGACGCAGAAGAAGAGGCUGUUGUCCUGGAAGCAGCAGGUGCUGAAGCUGUUGCGAGCGUUCCCCCGGAAGGCCGUGCUCGACAUGCAAGGGUACCGCCAGCAGAAAGGGUGGGCUUUUGGUUCCAACUCUCUCCCCAUAGCUGGAUCUGUGGGGGUGGGCGUCGCGCGCAGAGGGCAGCGGCCGUUCCAGAUGCCCCCUCGAGCCAUGCCCCCGAGCCGCUUGGGGCUGCUGAGUCCGGCGGGGAUUGGAGGGGUCUUGCCCCGGCAUGCACUUACCAGCCCCAUCGGGAGCCAGGGACGACAGAAUCUGUGGUUCGCCAAUCCCGGGGGCAGCAACAGCAUGCCCGGCCAGAGCCGCAGCUCGGUCCAGCGCACCCAUUCGCUACCCGUCCACACGUCCCCGCAGGCCAUCAUCAUGUUCCCCCAGGAUUGCCAGAUCCCCGGAACAGACCUGGAGAUCAACCCCACGCUGGAGUCGCUGUGCCUGAGCAUGACGGAGCACGCGCUGGGCGAUGGCACCGACAAGACCUCCACCAUCUGACCAGCCUCGGGGAUCCGUGGUUCCUGAGACGCUUUAGGGGGUUCUCUUUAUUUUUUUGGGGGGUGCUUAAAGGGGUGGUUGAAUCUUCCACCCCACACCCCUCCUCCCACCCUCCCCCAGCGUUUACCAUCAACUCCGCCACGGUGGGGGGGUUGGAAGAAGCUCUCACUACAAUCUUACCAUCUUAUACGUUCUAAUAUUUUUCUACUUUAUUAUUACUUUAACUAUGGUUUAAUACUGAGUUGCAUCCUGUAACUCCCAGGGUAACGAAGCCAGAAGCAGCAGGAUCUUGGGUCACGCAUGUGUGUGUGUGUCUCCUCCCGCCCCCCUCUUUCCCCUCUCCCCCCCGGCCCAUCCUUUCUCAGCAUGGGGAAAAAGAGAGCUCCUGAGAGGGAGGAGUGGAGAAGGGGAGAUAAAGCGCAUCUCUGAUUCACUUUCCUUCCCACCCCACCCCUCCCCGGGGCAGUACGGCCGCUCUUGGCCGAUGCCGGUUGCCACGAAAGGCACCGGGGGGCUAACCUGGCGAGCUGGUUUCUUCUGGGUUAGCCCCCCCACCUGCUUUUCGCACCUGAUCCCUGCGAUGGGGGGAAACACCUCCACAGAUGGGGGCCGAGAACUCUUCUGGAACUGUUAAGUGCCUGUAACUCCCCACCCCACCCCCGUGACUACUUGGGGGCGUGGCCUUUGAAGGAGGGCCACGCCCUCCCCCACAAGAGGGUGGCUGGGGGCGUGGCCUUUGAGGGGGUCCGUGCCCUCCCCCCUAGGGCAAGUGGUGGAUUCAGGGAAAGAAGCCACGCCUCAGAGAAGGGGUGUUGGGCCGGGCUGAAGAGUGGGGGUGGGGGGUGAUGGGGAUACCCGGGGGGGGGAGGGGUUGGCGCAUUGGAGGGUAUUUAACCCUUUGGGCGUCUUCUCCUGGGGUGCAUCCCCCCCCGGAGGGGAUUAUAAAGCAUACGUGAUUGGAGCAUUAGAAGGUUGCUGGGUGUUGGUUUGGCUGCAUCUGGGGCCCUCGAGAGUCAGCUCGGUUGACGGGUUUGUCCCCCCCUUCCCCCCCGUGUGUGCCCCCGGCAGAGACUGGGAAGGCUCCGCCCACACAGGGCAGACCCGCCCGGAUGAAUUGGCGGCUCUGCCUGUGGGUCGCCUCUCCCUGCCCGGAGCUCGUCUGCAUUGGCAGCGCCGUCAGGCCACGCUCAGACAGCCGGGUUAGAGCGCCCCUUCCUGGCCAGGGGCCGCAGUGCAGGGCUCUCACGCUGCUAAUGAACUGAGAAAGGGCUGUGACGCGGGGGGUUGUUUCCAAGCCCCUUUGGGAUGGUCUGGAAGACACACACCCCCCCCCCCAGGUUUGGGGGUGGCGGGGACAGAGCUGUUCCUUACAUGCCUUGAUGGGGGUGUGAGGGGAGAUGAGGAUUGAGUCCUGUGAUCUGGGUGGGGGGGGGGGCGCUCAGGCAGGAGCGAGCCCUCCCCUAAGCCCCAAGCUUUGUGUGUGCGUGUGCAUGUUUGUAAAACAGAAAACACUACAUGGGCUGGGGGGUGGGAGGAGCCUGCAGGCAAGGGGUGUGGCUUUUACCCAGCCCAACCCCCAUUUUGAUUGGAUUAACCUAUUUUUUUUCCUUCUGAUUUGUGACUCAUUUUUUUUAAAAAAGCAAAUAGAUUUAAAAGCUUCCAAAUUUUCCCUCCCCCGAGCUCCGUUCCCACGAGGCUCCGAAGGGUGCGGGCCCAGCUGCGGGAAAGGGGCCCCCAUCUCUCCACCACCUUGCGCCGUCACUGAUAACUGGGCAACGGGAGGUGCAAAUGACGCCGUUUCAAUGGGGGAGUGGCACUGGCGCAAAGGACUGCGCCAGGCGGAGAACCAGGGUCGCCCCGAGACUUGUAUCUUCAGGCGUUCAGGGGCAGCGGAGGGGGAAUCUGGGGUGAGGGUCACACUAGGGAUUUGAGGGGGGCAGGGGAGGACUGGACUUUGCAAGAGCCCCAUGGAUUUAUUUUUGGGGGGGGGAGAGGGGAACAGGGUCCUGCCCAGACCUAGGUACAAUUUUGUCUUUUCCCAGAAAGACGCCCUGGGACAAAAGUCCCUUGUCUCCCCAGAUCUCUCUGCUGCGUGGGGGGAGACGCAUGCCCCCAAAGUAGAUGACCCCCACAGGCUGAGCCCCUCCCAUUGGUACAAAAGAAAUUCCCACCCCACCCCCCAGACCUGUUUAAAUGUUAAAGGCCUUUCCAAAGUAUAUACCGCAUAGUAGUGUGUACAAAAAACAACCCCCCUGACCUAUUUCUACAGUAGAGCGACAAGGUUCCUGUUUCAGAUAGAAAUGUUAUUUUAGAUACAUUUUAUUAUGAAUAACUUUUGUUAUGACUAUGGCUGGUAACCAUGAAUACGUUAUUAAAAAACAAAACGGAAAAAAAAAUUUUACAAAAAAAAAAAACCAAAAACCAAACCCGGCAGCCCGUGUUCGCUGGCUCUUUGUCUCGCUGCGCCCCGCCUCUCGCUGUCUGACCGUGUGAAAGAACCUGCCCCCAAACCAAAUACGAGACCUCCCCGUGGAAACCCCCCAAAACCCUCUCUGAUAAAGUUGUACUUAUUUUGUAA